CUUCCGCCUUGCACGUGUGUUUACUAGAAUGUGGACCACUGAGCCAGAGAAAUAGUUGCAAUAAUAUUUUAAACAUACUUACUGUUUGUUAUCUGGUUAAAACAUGGGGAAGCUGAAUGUCGUUGUGUUGAGAUAUUUAUCUCGAGAUGACUUCCGGGUCCUCACAGCGGUUGAGAUGGGGAUGAAGAACCAUGAGAUUGUCCCAGUGAGUCUGCUGUCCUCCAUCGCAAGCCUCAGACACGGCGGCUGCAACAAGAUCCUCAGAGAGCUUGUCAAACACAAACUUGUAGCCUAUGAACGUACCAAGACCGUGCAGGGCUACAGGUUGAACUACGGAGGAUAUGACUACUUGGCUCUGAAGACCUUGUGCUCCAGAGAAGUCGUCAUUUCAGUUGGCAACCAGAUGGGUGUGGGUAAAGAGUCAGAUAUAUAUAUUGUGGCGAGUCCAAGCGGCGAGCAGUACGCUCUGAAGCUUCACAGGUUAGGUCGUACAUCCUUCAGGAACUUGAAGAACAAGAGAGAUUACCACAAACACAGGAAGAACGUGUCCUGGCUCUACCUCUCCCGCCUUUCUGCCAUGAAGGAGUUUGCCUACAUGAAGGCAUUGUAUGAUCGGGGCUUUCCUGUUCCCAAACCUGUGGACUACAACAGACAUGCUGUAGUGAUGGAGCUCAUCAAUGGAUAUCCACUGUGUCAGGUGCAUGAGCUGCAGGAUCCACCAGCCCUGUACAAUGAGUUCAUGGAGCUUAUAGUCAAACUGGCCAAUCACGGCCUGAUUCAUGGAGACUUCAACGAGUUCAACCUCAUGCUGGACGACCAGGACCACAUAACUCUGAUAGACUUCCCUCAAAUGGUGUCCACCUCACAUCCUAAUGCUGAAUGGUAUUUUGACAGGGAUGUCAAAUGUAUCAGAGAUUUUUUUGCCAAACGAUACAAUUAUGAGAGUGAGCUCUUCCCAACCUUCAAAGACAUCAGGCGGUCUCACUCUCUCGAUGUUGAAGUCUCAGCCAGCGGCUUUACCAAAGAUAUGGAGAGGGAUGGUGCAUUGCUACACCCAGCUGGACCAGAGGGAGAAAAUGAUGACAAUGAAGAGGAGGAUGAUGACGAAGAGACAACAGACGAGGAGGUGGAAGAAGAAGAGAGUGUGGACAUGGAGGAAUAUAAGCAUGCAAUGCUGGAACUGGAAGGUCUGAAAGUCAGCGACUCGUAUGCAGACAUACAAGAAGAGGAGAACGAGAGUGAAAAAGUGGAAGAACAAAAAGAGACUGAGACAGCGCCUGCUCCUAACAGUGAUGAAGAGCCAAAGAGCGAUUUAGAGGAAGAGCUGAAUGAGGCAGAGGAUGAGUGUCCAGAGCUGGCAGACCUCUCUACCUCCAACAAAGACUUCAAACCCUUCAGAGACUCGGACAGUCUUCUACAUGUGGCAGAACACAGGAGGACGAGGACAGACAGUGAGGGUACAAUGGGCAGCAUAGGCAGCUGCUCUACAAUACCACCAGAGAUAGUCCGUCAGAAGGUGCGGAGGCAGCUCACCAAACAGCAGAAGGCAGCACAGAGGAGACGUCUGCAGAAGGGAGAAGCCAAUUUGGUGACCAAAUCUAGGAGAGAGAACCAAAGUAACAUCAAGUCUAGUUUGGAGGGCGCCUCCUUCUGGGGAUAAAUGGGACUGCAGAGACGGACAGACAGGAUUCAUGACAGCAUGCUUGUUGUUUGGUUAACGUGCGUGCUUCAUGGUUCCUCUGCUCCUAAAUCUGAAGAACUGAAAACACAUUAUAGCUGAUGGAAAAACUCAACAAGAGAGUUUCUGCAACAACUGAACUGCUCCGUUCUUGGAGAGAAAAAUGAAAAUAAACUUUGUAUUCAGCAAAUGACACUGUCAAGAAGACAGUGUUUGUUUUUCUAUUUGACCUGUAGUAACCUAUCAUGUUCAACGCACAGUCUAAUGUAAAUAUCAACUAUUCAUAAUGAAGCAAUAUGAUUGACUAUUAAACCAUUUAAACAUC